AUGUCUGCUAAGUUGUCGUCAUCCGAUCUCUGCGAUUCUUUUCAUUAUCUAUCUAUCUAUCUAUCUAUCUAUCUAUCUAUCUAUCUAUCUAUCUAUCUAUCUGAUUUUUUCAUUAUCUAUUUGAUUUUUUUCAUUAUCUAUCUAUCUAUCUAUCUAUCUGAUUUUUUUCAUUAUCUAUCUAUCUAUCUAUCUAUCUAUCUAUCUAUCUAUCUAUCUAUCUAUCUGAUUCUGUUCAUUAUCUAUCUAUCUAUCUAUCUAUCUAUCUAUCUAUCUAUCUAUCUAUCUAUCUAUCUAUCUGAUUCCUUUCAUUAUCUAUCUAUCUAUCUAUCUAUCUAUCUAUCUAUCUAUCUAUCUAUCUAUCUCUCGAUUUUUUUUUAUUAUCUCUCUAUCUAUCUAUCUAUCUAUCUAUCUAUCUAUCUAUCUAUCUAUCUAUCUAUCUUGUUUGGGAUCUUUUUCGUUUAUCUACAUUUAGUGCCGUGCGUUUAUCCUUACGCCUAUCUGUCGUCUAUCUAUAUGCCUAUCUGUAUAUCUAUCUUUACACCUAUCCGUACGCCUGUGUGCAGGUCUAUCCGUACUCCUAUCUGUACGUCUAUCCGUACGCCUUUUCUUAUGUCCAUCCGUAUGUCUAUCUAUACGCCUAUGCGUACGUCUAUCCGUAUGCUUAUCCGUACAUCUUUGCUUACGCCUAUACCAGUUAGGUUAGGAAUUUUCCAAUCUAUCUAUCUAUCUAUCUAUCUAUCUGGCACAUAA